CGGCUUCAGUAUAAAUAGGUGGCCAAACUCGUGUCGGAAAGACGGGACAGGAUAGAUUACAAUUAAUACUUUAAGAUGGACGAUUUAUGGCACAUGAAGCCUAUUGGUCACAUGACUUCUGUGUUUCACCACAAGAACGGCACACCGCGUCAACCAGCCAUCUGUGCACAUGCCCAAGGCAGUAUUACAAUUGAGAAGGCUGUUUUUAACAACCCUGAACACUCUUUAGAAGACCUGGAUAAUUUCUCUCAUGUGUGGAUCAUGUUUCUCUUCCAUAAAAACAACAACGCCCACACCAAGGCCAAGGUGAAACCCCCCAGGCUGGAUGGAAGGAGGGUGGGGGUGUUCUCCACCAGGUCUCCCUACAGACCAAAUGCUAUUGGCCUCACCCUUGCAGCCGUGGACAAAAUACAAGGUGCCACCAUAUAUCUGAAAGGUAUUGACAUCCUAGAUGGGACCCCGAUCCUGGACAUCAAGCCAUACAUCCCGGACUACGACAUUCCAGUUACCAUGGUUACAAAAUCACAACAAUGUGAUGAGACAGAAUCACAAAGUCUUGGCCAGACUGACAAUUCACUUGAAGAGGAUAACAGCGUUGCCAACACCAUCAGACAUCCACGUUUUUUACAGCAAUCCACAAGUCUGGAAACUGGAGGGAAUCUGCCAAGUUGUUCAGAAGUUGACUUUAAAGAAACUGAUAAUAAUGAUACAAGUGGUACAGUGCUCUCUAAAAGUCAUCAAAGUCCUAAAUCUGAAAAUAGUUUCAUGAUAGAUGAAAAUAUGACAAACUGUAAACGUAAACAAAAGAUGAAAGAGAAGCUUGAUGAUGAAGGGGAGGUAACUCCUGACGCCUUGUCAUCCUGUCUCCCUACAGGAUCAACUGAAACACAUGGUGAUCCCACUACUGACGUGAAGACUGCAGACUGGAUCAGUAAUGUCAGGAAACUGAGAGUGCGGUUUACACCAACUGCAGCUGAACAGCUUCAGAUGUUUUCAGCUAACAGCCCUGACUCCAGCUACAGACUGAAUCUGUUCAGCUGUGUCGGGGAUGUUGAAGCUGCUGUACAGGAGGUGCUGAAUGAAGACCCUCGGUCUGUGUACCGGAGACAGAAGUGCAAGGACAGUCUGUACUUCUUCGCUAUAGACACAGUACAUGUCACAUGCUGGUUUGAUGAAGUCACUGCUGAGGUUGUCCGCAUACAGCCAGUCGCAUUUGUUCCACAGUGUUCCUGACAGAUUUGUGAAAU